AUGCUCAGUGGCGAUCCCGUGCAGGAGGAUGAAUGCGGGCGCAUGCUCAGUGGCGAUCCCGUGCAGGAGGAUGAAUGCGGGCGCAUGCUCAGUGGCGAUCCCGUGCAGGAGGAUGAAUGCGGGCGCAUGCUCAGUGGAGAUCAUCGGCAGGGAGAAGAGGAGAGACACAGUGACACGCCGAAGAGAACCUGUCAGAUCUUCUACAUGAACGCUGCUGUUUUCACUGAUUAUACGAUGAAAAAAUUGUUUCAGGACCUGCUCAGCAAAACUCAGGCACCCGGCGGAAAAUGUGCGACCGCCAAAAAUAUUGUUGCUGGGCCGGCGGUGAACAACAACACUACGUGCUUCGUGAAUCAUGAUAUCGACGAGGUUUUGUUCCCAACCAUUUAUAUCAUCGUGAUUGUGGUCAGCGUCCCCGCCAAUCUGAUCUCGCUGUACGUCUCUUACUUACAAGUGACGAAGAAGAAUGAAUUGGGGAUUUACUUGUUCAAUCUGUCCUUCGCUGACCUCCUCUACGCCCUGACUUUACCCUUGUGGGUCGAUUUCAGCCUCCACCACGACAAUUGGAGGUUUUCCGAAUGGCUCUGCAGGUUGAGUUCCUUCUUGAUGCACACCAAUCUGUACAGCAGCGCCGGCUUCCUGACCUGCGUCUCCCUGGACCGCUACCUAGCCGUGGUCUAUCCCUUGAAGUACCGCCAUCUUCGGACCAGGAAAGUGGCGGCGCUGGUCAGCCUGACGGUGUGGACCAUACAGUGCGCUUCGAACAUCGUCAUCGUCCUCAAAAAGGAGACUUACAAUGACACGGGGGACCUCGUGUGCUACGACGUUUUCCCCAUGGAGAGAUGGAAAGCCGCUUUCAGUAUUUUCAACGUCUGCGUCGGCCAUUUUUUGCCGCUGCUGAUCAUGGUGGUCUGCUACUAUAGGAUUUACGUGGCGGUGAGCCUGAACCAAGCCACGGCGGACAAGGACAAGCGCAAAAUUAGGCAGUUGCUCCUCGCUAUAAUGGUGACGUUUGUGCUGAGUUUCACACCUUACCACGUCGUCUUGUUCCUCCGGAGCAUCUACGAGCCUGGCAGCUGCCACUUUGCAAAAAAGAUAUUUCAGCCGUACAAACUAACCUUGGCGCUAUCGAGCGUCAACUGUCUCGCCGACCCCUUGCUGUACUGCUUCGUCAGUGAGAUCGGGAGAGCCGAUGCCAAGGCCAUACUGUACUGCUUCCAACCUCAGGGGGAAUCGCCGGCUAGUACCGAAUACAAAAUGUCAUCAAUGUCACCAAGUCAUGCCAAAGUUAAAAGUAUACAUGGCUUGGGCACUGUCUAA